AAAAAGAAGCCAAACGGAGAUGUGGCGGGGAAUGGACAGAUCACAUACCUGACACGCUCCCUCCAUCGUAGUCUCUCUCGCCUCCCGGCCAUGCUUUUAUCCUCCAUAUCCACCGGCUUCAAAGUUCAAACGUCCUAACGUGCACCCCGGCGCAUUUUAUCAGCCAGCAUCCUGACUCUUGUUUCCCGCCGCCGGGCCGCGCUCUUUUCAGACUGAGAACCCUCCCGCCUUUCGACUUCAAAAUAACGUCCCCCGCGGCGCAUUUUGGCACUAACUACUUGUCCACUGUCUCUUCAAUCUCAAAGAUCAAUACGUCUCAUCCAUGCAUCUUUGAUUAUUUCAAUAAACUCACCAAUUGGGAGCUUCUUUACUCCUAUCAUUGGUUUUAGCGUUAGGGUUUGAAAAGUUUUCCCAUGGGAACCAAGGUCUCGGACGAACUCGUAUCUACAGUUAGGUCAGUGGUGGGUUCGGACUAUUCCGACAUGGACAUAAUAAGAGCCCUGCAUCUGGCAAAACACGAUGCCACCGCCGCUAUAAAUAUCAUUUUCGACACUCCUAAUUUCAAGAGUGUCGAGAUAACCUCUCGCAACUUGAGCUCCAGCGCAAGACCCGCUGAUACGAGACGGAAGAGAAUCGAACAAGAGAAUAAGACUAGCACUAUCAGUGAUGACCAGACGGUUACUUGUAGCGUUAGUAACGUGGAGGAUACUCUCACUGCUAAUGUUGAUAAGGAUUCAGGAUUGCAUUCGAUCUCGGAGGAUUGGUGGUUUGUGGGUUCUAGCGAAGUGGCGGGACUGUCAACGUGUAAAGGGAGAAAAAUUAAGGCUGGUGAUGAAGUUGUUUUCACGUUUCCAUUGAGGAGUGGUUUGAGUUCGGGGUCGACACCACGGAAAGGUUUUGGGAGGGGAAGGGAAGCUGCAGCUGCUUGCUCAGAGAUUAUGAGAUUUGCCACCAAAAAUUCUGGAGAGAUUGGUAGAAUGCCAAACGAGUGGGCUCGGUGUCUAUUGCCACUUGUGAGGGAUAAGAAGGUCAGAAUCGAGGGCCACUGUACAUCUGCUCCUGAUAUGUUGGGUAUUAUGGACACUAUUCUUCUUUCGACAAGCGUGUCCAUAAACAGUUCAAUGUUCCGGAAGCACAAGCAGACCUCACUUAAGGCAGCCAGCAGUUCCACUGAAGAAUCUGUUUUUCAUCCUCUCCCAAAUUUAUUUCGAUUGCUUGGAUUGACCCCAUUCAAGAAGGCCGAAUUUACUCCUGCUGAUCUGUACACAAGGAAGAGACCUUUGGAUUCAGAGGAUGGCUCUGCUCUUCCCGCUUCGUUGUUUCCUGCCAGCAAGUUUAAAAAUCAGUCUCAGAAUGGAAACGAAGUUGAAAAUGAGGAGUGCAUUUCAGAUGCCGAUCUUGACAAUAUUGUUGGACUUAGGGACAGCUCUGAGCUAGAGGAAAUGGAUUCCCCUAGUAGUCUUCAGUGUGAACUUCGUCCUUAUCAAAAGCAGGCACUUAAUUGGAUGAUCCAACUCGAGAAGAGACAGGGCAUGGAUGAGGCAGCAACAACCCUUCAUCCUUGUUGGGAUGCAUAUCGCUUAGCAGACAAGAGGGGACUUGUUGUUUAUUUGAAUUCAUUUUCUGGUGAUGCUGCAACUGAAUUUCCUAGCACACUUCAAAUGGCCAGAGGAGGAAUGUUAGCAGAUGCUAUGGGUCUUGGGAAGACCAUAAUGACCAUAGCCCUUCUUCUUGCUCAUUCUGAUAAAGGUGGCUUGCCUAGUAAUCAAUGCAUGACUCAGCCUUCUUGUGAAAGCUGUGAAGUUAGUGGCCUUUCGGGUGAAUCACCUAAUCUUCCAAAGAAGGCAACAAACUUUUCGGGCUUUGAUAAUUUCGUAAAGCAAAAGAAGACACUGAAAAAUGGUGUCAACCUCAUCAUAUGUCCUAUGACUCUUCUUGGCCAGUGGAAGGCAGAGAUUGAAACUCAUGUGCAUCCAGGGUCGCUCUCUCUCUACAUUCACUAUGGACAAAGCAGACUGAAGGAUGCAAAAAUCCUAGCCCAGAGUGAUGUUGUAAUUACUACAUACGGAGUCUUAGCUUCAGAGUUUUCAGGAGAGAAUGCUGAAGACAAUGGGGGGCUUUUCUCAGUUCACUGGUUUAGAGUGGUUCUUGAUGAGGCACAUACCAUAAAAUCAUCCAAGAGCCUGAUUUCCAUGGCAGCUGCAGCUCUAGUUGCUGAUCGCCGCUGGUGUCUUACUGGUACUCCUAUCCAGAACAAGCUGGAGGAUAUUUACAGUCUUCUUCGAUUCCUGAGGGUGGAACCUUGGGGAAGUUGGGCAUGGUGGAAUAAGCUUGUCCAAAAGCCGUUUGAGGAGGGGGAUGGAAGAGGGCUAAAGUUGGUCCAGUCUAUCUUAAAACCGAUAAUGUUAAGGAGAACAAAGUUUAGCACAGAUCGAGAAGGGAGACCAAUUCUAGUUCUCCCCCCAGCUGAUAUGCAGGUGAUUUACUGUGAAUUAACAGACACUGAAAGGGAUUUCUAUGAGGCCUUGUUCAAAAGAUCUAAGGUUAAAUUUGAUCAAUUCGUUGAGCAAGGACGGGUUCUUCAUAAUUACGCCUCCAUUUUGGAGCUACUUUUGCGUCUUCGGCAGUGUUGUGAUCACCCAUUUCUUGUGAUGAGUCGAGGAGAUACGCAAGAAUAUUCUGAUCUGAAUAAGAUGGCUAAACGAUUCCUGAAGGGCAACCAUAAUGCUCUGGAAGGGGAAGCUGGAGAUGUACCUUCAAGGGCUUAUGUCCAAGAGGUGUUGGAGGAGCUAAGAAAGGGUGACCAAGGAGAGUGCCCCAUAUGUCUUGAAGCAUUCGAAGAUGCUGUAUUGACACCAUGUGCUCAUCGGUUAUGCCGUGAGUGUCUCUUAGCAAGUUGGCGAAAUCUGACUUCUGGUUUAUGCCCUGUUUGUAGGAAAGCGAUUAGCAGACAGGAUCUUAUCACGGCUCCCACUAGUAGUAGGUUCCAGAUUGACGUUGAGAAAAAUUGGGUUGAAUCAUCAAAAAUUACUCUUUUGUUGCAAGAACUUGAACACCUUCGCCCCUCAGGUUCUAAGACCAUUCUGUUCAGCCAGUGGACUGCCUUUCUUGACCUGUUGGAGAUUCCUCUUUCUCGGAGUAGCAUUCCAUUUGUGCGUUUGGAUGGGACUUUAAAUCAGCAGCAGCGUGAGAGAGUAAUCAAACAGUUCUCAGAAGAUACCAACAUCUUGGUGUUCCUGAUGUCACUGAAAGCUGGUGGUGUUGGAAUAAAUCUUACUGCAGCAUCAAAUGCGUUUGUCUUGGACCCGUGGUGGAAUCCAGCUGUAGAGGUACAAGCUGUUAUGCGUAUCCAUCGCAUUGGACAAAUGAAAAGGGUAACGAUCAAACGGUUCAUUGUAAAGGGAACAGUUGAGGAAAGAAUGGAGGCAGUGCAAGCACGUAAGCAGCAGAUGAUUGCUGGUGCCUUAACUGAUCAAGAAGUUCGGACAGCACGAAUUGAGGAGCUGAAAAUGCUCUUUACAUGAUAUCAGAUAAGAGAAGAAGAUAGCUUCCAACUUGAAAUGAACUGAGGGUUCUCGUUGUUACAAGCUUUGACCCUGGAGUCCCUCUAUGUCAAAGCUAGGCGUAAGGCUUUGGAUUUUUAUGUCAAUUUGCUAUUUACUGGAGAAGUGGCUCCCUAGGCUGGUUUGGAAUAGGGUGCCUCGAUACAGAGCACAGAAGAAUUUAGUCUCAUGUGCUAAUUAUUACCUAAUUAUAUGCACCAACUUUGAAGGAUGGUUAUGAUGUAAAUCCUUAGGGAGUUUAGGUAUCGAUUCAAAAUCGGCUGUAGGAGAGUACCUUCUGAUGUUCUGGUUGGGAUGGUCAAUGCAGAAGCACUGGCAGAAGCAAUUCAUAGUGAGUGUGAAAAGCAUUAGGUUCCUUCUAAUGUAAUUUUAGUUCACUACUUCAAUCUCAUGCAGAUAGGCAGUUUGUACCAUUGCAUGAAUUAAGAGCGACAUUCUUUGAAUUCCAUCUAUUUAAUGCUCUAAAUAGGUAUUGAAGUGACCAUUUGUGAA